AAAGGAAAGAAGGCUUAGGGGAAGAAGGUGGCACCUGCUCCUUCGGUGGAUAGGAAGCAUGAGGUCAAGAAAGAAGUCAACCACCUGUCUGAGAACAAGCCAAAGAACUUCAGCUUUGGCCAGGAUGUGCAGCCCAAGUGUGAUUUGACACGCUUUGUCAAAUGGCUGUGCUACGUUCGCCUGCAGAGGCAGCGCUUGUACAAGCGCCUUAAGGUCCCCCCUGCCAUCAACCAGUUCUCUCAGGCUCUCGACCGUCAGACCGCCACACAGCUGUUCAAGCUGGCCCAUAAGCACAGACCAUAGACCAAGCAGGAGAAAAAACAGGCUGCUGGUCCCCGCUGAGCAGAAGGCAGGCUUUCUGUUCUACGUGUAGGUGUCAACACUGUCACAUCCCUGGUGGAGAGUAAGAAAGCCCAGCUGGUAGUCAUCGCCCACGACGUAGACCCCAUUGAGCUGGUGGUUUUCCUGCCCGCUCUGUGCCGCAAGAUGGGUGUCCCUUACUGCAUCGUGAAGGGCAAAGCUCGCCUUGGCAAGCUGGUGCACAGGAAAACGUGCACCUCCGUGGCCUUCACACAGACCAACCCGUAAGCACGCAUGUCUUUGCUUCCUGUCAUGUCUUAAUAAGCUAACGUAACAUUUCUUCCUUCCAAAGAGGAUAAAGGUGCACUUGCCAAGCUUGUGGAAGCAAUCAAGACCAACUACAACGAAAGAUAUGAAGAGAUCCGUCACUGGGGAGGCAACAUCUUGGGGCCCAAAUCCACCGCUCGCGUCGCCAAGCUGGAGAGGGCAAAGGCCAAGGAGCUGGCAAGCAAGCUUGGCUAAAUUGUUUGGAAUAAAAAAAUUAUGUUCUAAAA